UGUUCUUGUGACUUGUGAGCUUUUAAAAACCAGAGCAUCAAUUCAAAAAACUUGUAAGCAAAAAGAUAAAAAACAAAGACUCAAAUGAAGGGGGCAGUCUCUCAUGAGCUAGAGGUGGCCCUGCCUGCUGAAAAGAUAUGGACGGUCUACCGAGGACUCCGGUUGGCUGAAUUGAUCGUCGAGUUGCUUCCUAAUUUGCUUAACAAGAUUGAGAUCAUUGAAGGCGACGGUGAGGUUGGAACAAUUCUUCGCCUUUACUGGCCUCCAGGGACACCGAUGGCGGCCGCCAUUUACAAAGAGAAGUUCACAAAGAUCGAUGAUGAGAGACGGGUAAAGGAGGUGCACACCAUUGAAGGAGGAUUUCUACAGCUUGGCUUUACCACUUACAUGGUUCGACUUGAGAUCAUAGCCAAAGGUGAAGCUGAUUCUGUUAUAAGAUCGGUCAUAGAGUAUGAAGUUGAUGACGAGUUCGCAAACAAUGUCUCAUUUGUCUCGACUGCUACUCUAGCAACAAUUCAUGAAACCAUUGGAAAGUAUCUAGUUGAGCAGGAAUCUUGAACAUGUUUUACUUUCAGA